AUGGCUCUUCUCGUCUGCCUCUGCCUCGUUGGGAUCCUGAGAAGGACCCUGGGCACUGACACCGAAGAACGACUGGUAGAACACCUCUUGGAUCCAUUGCGGUACAACAAACUGAUCCGCCCAGCCACCAAUGGCUCCGAGCUGGUCACGGUACAGCUGAUGGUGUCGCUGGCGCAGCUCAUCAGCGUGCACGAGAGGGAGCAAAUCAUGACCACUAACGUGUGGCUGACACAGGAGUGGGAAGAUUAUCGCCUUACAUGGAACCCAGAGGAGUUUGAUGACAUGAAGAAGGUGCGCCUGCCAUCGAAACACAUCUGGCUUCCGGAUGUUGUGCUCUACAACAACGCUGACGGAAUGUACGAGGUGUCCUUCUACUCCAAUGCCGUGGUGUCCUACGACGGAAGCAUCUUUUGGCUCCCUCCAGCCAUCUACAAGAGUGCCUGCAAGAUCGAGGUGAAGCACUUUCCCUUCGACCAGCAGAACUGCACUUUGAAGUUCCGCUCGUGGACCUAUGACCGCACUGAGAUCGACCUGGUGCUGAAGAGUGAGGUGGCCAGCUUGGAUGACUUCACCCCCAGCGGGGAGUGGGACAUCAUUGCCCUGCCGGGUCGCCGCAAUGAGAACCCCAACGACUCCACCUACGUGGACAUCACUUACGACUUCAUCAUCCGGCGCAAACCCCUUUUCUACACCAUCAACCUGAUCAUCCCUUGCAUUCUCAUCACGUCGUUGGCCAUCCUGGUCUUCUACCUGCCCUCUGACUGCGGCGAGAAGAUGACCCUCUGCAUUUCAGUCCUCUUGGCCCUCACCGUCUUCCUGCUCCUUAUCUCCAAGAUCGUGCCGCCCACUUCGCUGGAUGUGCCGCUGGUAGGCAAGUAUCUGAUGUUCACCAUGGUCCUGGUGACCUUCUCCAUCGUCACCAGUGUCUGUGUGCUGAAUGUCCACCACCGCUCGCCCACCACCCACACCAUGCCGCCGUGGGUCAAGGUGGUCUUCCUUGACAAGCUGCCCGCCCUCCUCUUCAUGAAGCAGCCUCGGCAGAACUGUGCCCGCCAGCAGCUGCGCCAGAAGCGGCAGAACCAGGAGCGGGCCACCGGGAGCUUCUUCCUGCAGGAAGGUGCACGGUCCUGCACUUGUUACAUCAACCCAUCCACCGUCAAAAAGGCUGGGACAGGGGGCAGUGGUGGCAAUGGAGGUGGGAGCAGCAGAAGGCGCUUUACGGAAACAUCAGAGCCUGGGCUGAACGGCUGUCCGGACAGGCCAGGAGAGACGGUGCCGCCGCCUGGCCACUGCUGCUGCAGUCUGGAGGAAGCUGUGGAUGGCGUGCGAUUCAUUGCAGAUCAUAUGAAGAGCGAGGACGAUGACCAGAGUGUGAGCGAGGACUGGAAGUACGUGGCCAUGGUCAUCGACCGCCUCUUCCUGUGGAUCUUUGUCUUUGUCUGCGUCUUCGGCACCAUUGGCAUGUUCCUGCAGCCGCUCUUCCAGAACUAUGCCACCAACUCCCUCGCGCACAUCAACCACGGCGGCGGCGGCUCCGGCUCCAAAUAG